GGUCUCAAGAGAUGGAUUCCAGCGAGAGCCUGACAAGGAUACCCAUACAGCGCUGUACUUUCUCGGUUGCAACGGUGAGGAAGUAAUACACCACUUGCCCUGCGUUACGGCCAAGCUCACGGUGCAGAGGUACGACAGGUACAUUCUUUUGGUCAAGGAUUUCGGAGAUGAACUGCUGGACUACCCGGAGUAUCCAGCAGACUAUGCAGACACUGGUGCUUGGCUUUUGAGAGUUGAAGACUGGGCAGCACCUCCCAUGGCAGUGUUACUUCCAUCAGACCAUCUUGCAUGGGGCUGUGGUGUGUGGUCCAUGGUCAUCGCGCGGGGUGCGCUGGAGGAUAGACCAGACCUACGUUUGGACAUGGCCCCACGCAUCUACUUGCUGGAGGAUGAUGCCGACUUGAGACUUUGGACUACCAGUCGCAUAGAUGGGCUGGACUCUUUGGGUCCCUCUGAGAGUAGAUCUCAGUUUCACAAUUUGAUCAACUUCCCUGUUGGAGCAGAUGAGGCGUGUCCAUCUCAAUGCUUGGGCACUUCUUGGUCUCUUUGGGCGCCUGAUCUUCAAUUUGUUGCUCGUGUCAGCAAUGGCAAGCUGUGGUACUGGCGGUGUGAUGUUGCAUACGCUGAUUCCUUGAUGCUACUCAACAUGGCUUGUUAAAAGAUGUGACAAGCAAAGAGGUGCUGCAGUUGUGCAAUGUGAGGAAGACCUUCACAGCAGGAUCGCCAAGGCAGCGUGGGUCAUGCCUUUUGCGUGCCUCCUGGCUUGUGCAAUGUAAUAUGGUCAAAGCUACCACUUUGCGCGAAAACCGUGCAAAAGGAUCAAAAGGAAACUGUGCACAAGCUGCACAAGAGUGCUUAAGACUGCU